AUGUCAGACCGGGACUCAGACUCAUCACUGAGACCUGAAACGGCUCCACACAUUCGACUCAACUCAGGCCGACAAGACCCUUUCGUCGAGUCAAACGAAGGCUAUGCACCGCUUACAGGCCGAACAAUCCCGCGACCCUUGACACCGGCUGUGGCUGAGCUCCCAGCACCCGUCGGUGUACAAGGUAUCUCACCCUAUGGGAUUGUUGCUCCUGAGUCGUCGGAGUUUCUCCUCCCUCCACGGUUAAGACCUAGCGCACGGGAUGAGAACGAAAGAUCUGGCUCGCCUGAUCGAUGGUCAGCGGCUAGAUCGAGUAUUAGUUCAAUCAGUCAUGAGAGCCGGUUUCAUAUGGAUCCGUUUGAGGACUCGAGGGCACCUUCUACGCGUUCUGGAAGUGAUGAAUAUGAUGUCAAUACGCAGACUGUUUCGGAGAAGUUCAACAUCACGCCUUCUGAUGGGUUGUUACUUUUUCCCGAAGAUGUCGAGAAAGAUGACUAUAUGCAUAAUCCCGAUCCCAUGGACAAGGAUCGCGACUGCGACAUGUGCAAUCGCCGUGGUAUUUUGAACAUGGGUGGAUUGGCUUUGUUGACUGUGGGAAUUUUAGUUCUGUUUAUUGGAUACCCAGUGAUUACAUGGUUGGAAGGUGCACUUAAAAAUCAAAGUGUUUGUCGACCUGGCGACACCCUUUGUCUCGAAGUUGGCGACAGGCCACUUCUGAACAACAUUCGACAUGGCUUGAUUGAUCCGGAUACACCAAAGGAUGCUUAUAAGAAGAAAAGCGUGGAGGGGAAAGAAUUGAAGCUGGUGUUCUCGGAUGAGUUCAAUAUGCCUGGGCGAACAUUCUACGACGAAGACGAUCCAUUUUUCCAAGCGAUGGAUUUAUGGUACGGUGUUACCAUGGAUAAAGAGUGGUACGACCCAGAUGCAGUGACCACGAACGAAGGAGUCUUGGAACUGCGAUUCGACAAUUUCAAAAAUCACGAUCUUUCAUACAGAUCUGGUAUGAUCCAAAGCUGGAACAAGCUGUGCUUCAAGGGAGGCCGGCUAGAAGCCAGUCUAUCCCUCCCAGGUGAUGGACACAUCCAGGGUUUCUGGCCCGGUUUCUGGGCAAUGGGCAACCUCGCCCGCCCCGGCCAUGCAGCCACGACAGACGGUCUUUGGCCUUACAGCUACCACGAUGGCUGUGAUGCCGGUAUCACACCAAACCAGAGUUCUCUAGAUGGAAUAAACUUUUUGCCUGGCAUGCGUCUGCCAGGAUGCACCUGCCCCAACUCAGAUCAUCCAUCUCCCGGCCACGCUCGCAGUGCUCCUGAGAUAGAUGUGAUUGAAGGUAGCACCGCACCUCUGAACGGAGAUGAAGGAAGCCCUUUUGUCGGAAGUGCCUCGCAAAGUUUACAAACUGCCCCCUUUGACCUCUGGUACAUGCCAGACUACGACUUCACCGCUGUCUACGACUCCCGCGUUACAGAAAUCAACGCUUACCGCGGAGGACCCUACCAACAAGCAAUGUCAGGAUUAACCAACCUAAACUCCCGCUGGUAUAACGGCACAGAGUACCAAUCCUUUGCCUUCGAAUACCACCCCGGCGACAAAGGAAAUGUGACCUGGUUCGUUGGCGCGGACAAAACCUGGACCAUGGACGCUCGCUCCAUCGGACCAAACGGUAACAUCGGCCAGCGCAUGGUCCCUCUCGAGCCUAUGUCUAUAGUCCUCAACCUGGGCAUGGCGGAUAACUUCGCGCCUCAGAAUCACAGCAUUAGCCAAUACAUGCCUGCCUACCUUCGCGUGGACUAUGUACGCAUCUACCAGGACCCAGACGAUGAAAGCAUUACCUGUGAUCCACCAGGAUAUGAAACGACCCAGUACAUUGAGGAUCACAAAAAGGCGUACAUGAACCACAACUUGACUAAUUGGGCGGAUACUGGGUAUGAAUGGCCUAAGAACAGCUAUAUGAAUACAUGCUGA